AUGUGGAAAGCCCUUAGUGGGAGUUUAAGUGUUGAUCAACGCAUUAAAUCAGUAGGCAUUAGUCUUGCAUCAAAAUGUGAUUGUUGCUCUACAGGUCACGAGGAAAAUGCAUCUCAUGUUCUAAGCUCUGGAGACUUUGCAGACAAGGUAUGGAGGAAAGUUGGAGCUUUGGUGGGUGUGUGUUGGAGAACAAAGCAAAUUCGGGUGGUUUCAUGGAAAAAACCACAUCACAAUCGAGUGAAACUCAAUGUGGAUGGAAGUAGUCUUGGGAAUCCUGGACAGAUCGGUGGGGGAAGAUUGAUUAAGAAUGAAAGAAGUGAAUUGGUUUCAGCCUUUAGUAGUUAUUUUGGUGAAGGGACCAACAAUGGAGCUGAACUGAGAGCACUCAUUGAAAGUUUAAAACUACGUAGUGAGUUGGGUGUUAAUCAUAUUGACAUCGAGUGCCACUCAUCGUUGGUGGUUUCAUGGGUUUCAUCUCUGAAGUGCUCUUUGUGGUAUCUAUGGGACUUCUGGGAUAAUCUUUUGAAUUUAUUAUAA